AUGGGCACCGGGGUUCCUUCCAGCCGGGCCGUGAAGAACAAACCUGUGACUGCACGCCUUUCAUUUUCAUUCUCUCGGGUGAACGCAGGGGUCACUCGCGGUUUGAGUGAUUCACGUCUCUCCUGUUCUCUCCACUGUGAGCCAAAGGAGGUGAAAAGUCUGCUGCCUUCUGUUCCAGGCCUGGCCUUUCUGCCCAGAUCGAGCACCAGGAUGAGAGGGGAACCAAUGAAUUCCACCAACAUCUACGAUUCAAAUGAGGACUACUUUGGAUUAGCUAACAGUUCAGAUUACUUACUGGAUGAUGACAGCUUUCUGUGCUCCCUGCAGGAGGUCAGAAGUUUCUCCGGGCUCUUCGUGCCGGUAGCUUACUCCUUGAUAUGCGUCUGUGGCCUCCUGGGCAAUAUUCUGGUGGUUGUCACCUUUGCCUUUUACAAGAAAGCCAAAUCUAUGACGGAUGUUUAUCUCUUGAACAUGGCCGUGGCGGACAUACUCUUUGUCCUCACCCUCCCCUUCUGGGCUGUCACCCACGCCACCGGUGAGUGGAUUUUCAGCAACACCAUGUGCAAACUGACCCGGGGCAUCUACGCCGUCAACUUCAACUGCGGCAUGCUGCUGCUGGCCUGCGUCAGCCUGGACCGCUACGUCGCCAUCGUGCAGGCCACCAAGUCCUUCCGGCUCCGCUCCAGAGCCUUGGCGCACCACAAGCUGAUCUGCUUGGCGGUGUGGGUGGUGUCCGUCCUCAUCUCCAGCUCGACCUUCACGUUCAACCAGAAGUACAGGCUGCAGGGCGGCGACGUGUGCGAGCCGCGGUACCACGCCGUGUCCGAGCCCAUCCGCUGGAAGCUGCUGAUGCUGGGGCUGCAGCUCCUCUUCGGCUUCUUCGUCCCGCUGGUGUUCAUGAUCUUCUGCUACGCGUUCAUCGUGCAGACCUUAGUCCAGGCGCAGAACUCGAAAAGGCACAGGGCCAUCCGCGUCAUCAUCGCGGUGGUCCUCGUGUUUCUGGCCUGCCAGAUCCCGCACAACAUGGUGCUCCUGGUGACCGCCGUCAACCUGGGCCGGACGGACCGCUCGUGCAGCGGCGAGAGGCUUCUGGGCUACGCCAAGAACGUCACCGAGGUGCUGGCCUUCCUGCACUGCUGCCUCAACCCCGUGCUCUACGCCUUCAUCGGCCAGAAGUUUCGCAGCUACUUUCUGAAGAUCAUGAAGGACCUGUGGUGCGUGAGGCGGAAGCAGAAGGCGCCGGGCUUCUCCUGCUCCCGGCUGCACUCGGACACCUUCACCUCCCGGCAGAACAGCGAGACGGUGGACAACGACAACCCAUCCUCCUUCACCAUGUGA